CGUGAGCCACUCACGAGUCACGCCUCCUCAGUCCUCACUGCUCCGGCUUCAGUGCUUCACACCUCACCGAGUCACCGCCCCGCCCUCACGCAGGAGUCAAGACGCAUUGUCGCAGAACGCUCACGCCACGCCGCGUCGCCGCCACUGGCCCACCGCGGGUAUUUUGUGCUGCACCAUUGAUUGAGUUGAUUCACACAAGCCCACAAGGUCAGCAAUCAUGGUGGGGUUCAAGAAUAGAUACAUGGUGAUGGAAGUGUUUUUGGAUCCAAAUAAAGAUCACAUGGGAAAUGACCCCAUUAUAAUCACCCAAUUCAAUUUGUCAAAAUCUAUCAGAGAUAGCAUUCUAGCAAACUUUGGAGAGUGUGGUCUAGCCUCAUCACUAAAUUCGUUUCAAGUGAAGUAUGUUAAUCCUAUUACAAAAGUGUGCAUCAUUAGAGCAUCCAGGCAAGAGUACCAAAAAGUUUGGGCUGCAAUUAUCAUGAUUACAAGUAUAGGGAACUGCCCUGUGGUUUUCAACUUACUUGACCUGAGUGGAAGUAUCAAGGCAUGCAAAGAUGCUGCUUUGAAGUGUGAAGAGUCAAAGUUUGAGCAUUGCAAGUUACUGGCUGGAAUCCAACUUAAUGAUGACCUCAAGCAGCACAUGCAGAAUUGCCUUGAGAAGAUCAAAGUUUUGGAGCACUGAGUUUAAACAAGUGAUGGUUUGAGGUAGCUCGGUUGGUUCUUGGGUGACAGAUUAUGAAUAAAGACGUAGGUGAGAUUCAACAUUGACAGCUACAGUAUGGAAGUCACACUAAUGUGG